AGUAACCGCACUUUCAAUUUACUCACUCAAUAAAAGGGACUCCCUCACGAAUAAAGACGGAAAGUUAUAGCACAAUACAUUGUUUUUCUGUUUUUCGAAUACAUCAAUUUAAAUAUAUUCAUGUUUAGGGAGCGUUAAUUUAAAUUCCGCGCUUACUGGAAAGUCGAGUUCUCUUGGGUUCUUGUCUCACGGGGUAAGCUAACUGACUAUUGCCUGCAGUUUUGGAUGACCUCAAAUUUAACAACUCCCGAUUUGGAACUUUUGGAUAAGUAUGUCGAUGAGACUCCGACUGCUGUCAAUAUUGCCAUCCCGAUAAUUUCAAUUAUGUUUUUCUUUGCAUCUGUUGUUAUAACCUAUUUCAUUGAUGACCCCGGCAUAAAAACUUUGAAAAAUGCUUCGACAGAAGAUAAUUUAAAGCCGAUUUCCGAAUCCGAUAAAAAUCACCUUAGGUAUUUAGCAGAGCGCAAGCUUUACGUCGACAUGAAGGGUCAUACAUUUUCCGCGUUCACACCUUCACGAACAACAACAGAGUCUGAUGCACACGCCAGUCACUCGACUGGCGUGGAUGGUGGACGCCGCCGAGCAUGCUCUGAAUCUCAUGCUCCUAGUUUUCCUGAAACGAAUUCGGAGACACAAAUUAUUUUACAACACAUGCUAAUACGUGCGGGGUAUGCACACAAUAAUACUGAUAGCUUAUUUUCUGGGAAUUCCGGUCGUUCACGUUCUGGGUUUAGCAAUCCAUUCUCCUCCUUGAAAAAGCCUAAAUCCACAAACGUUGAGACUCAGGAAUGCUGAAUCGCGCAGACGCAGUUCAACAUUGAGCAUAGAUUGGAUUUAUAGCGUAUUCAUGGUAUAUAUCUACAAAUACUGUUAUUAUAUUUAUCCUGUUGUUAGAUAAAUAAUAAUAUCCUUGAAAUAAUAAUCUCUGUGCUUUUUACAAACGUUUUGAUUUGACCUUCUACAAUCAUCAAUAAUACAUAUCUUGUUUCCUUAACCGACUUUAAUUUCAUUAUGCAUUAACUUAUAUUCAUAUGUUUUCUCCAUUUUGUGUUCUAAUGGAUAUCUUAGAUUUUGUAUUUAAAUGUUUCCCAUUACUCUCACAUGCCACACUGUUUGGGGGUUGUUCUUUCGGUAAAUGAAAUGAUGGAAAAUAAAUAUAUGAUAAUACGUAUCUUCGGAUUAUUUCCAGCGUAUGUAUCUUAGUUCAUAGCUUGAGAUUUCUUUUAUACAAGGGUAAUCAUUCUCUGCGCUUGUUUUUGGAUUAUUUAUUAUUAUUAUUUAUUAUUAUUAUUAUUAUUAU